AUGAAGAGAACUGCGGCAAUACUGAUAGCGGUGGCGGCUGUGAUCGCCACAUUUGGGUUGGUUUCGCUGGAUAGGAGCGAGGCGGCGACAUCGCCCGCGGCGGGCACGAGCGCAAUCGAGAAAGCCGUGCCUGCGGCGUACGGCAGCGACGGCUCAGGCAUCUGGGUGUCGGGCGAGGGGACGAUUUCGGUUGCGCCGGACAUUGCCACCCUGGACUUCGGCGUGGAGACGAACGCCGCAACUGUGUCGGAGGCAAACAACCUGGCUUCAACUGCGAUGGACGCUAUAGUUGAGGCGUUAAAGGCAAGGGGCGUGAAGGACGAGGACAUGCAGACGAGCCGCUUCAGCGUCUAUCCGCGCUACAAUUAUGUGGAGGAAGAAGUGGACGGCGUGCGGAGCAGCAGAGAGGUUCUGACGGGCUACAGGGUCAACAACAGAGCAACGGUGAAGCUACGCGAUCUUGACGCGAUAGGAGAAGUUAUCGACGAGGUCGUGACGGCAGGCGGCGAUGUCGUGCGGAUAAGCAAUAUCAGAUUCACGCUGGAAGACCCGAAGCCUAGGAUGGCGGAAUUGCGGGAGAUGGCGGUCGCUGAUGCCAAGGCGAAGGCUGAGCAUCUGGCGGAACUGUCCGAUGUUGCGGUGGGACGGCUGAUCUACAUCAGCGAAGGGGCAGCCGCGCCGUCUGUCGGCGGAUUCGCGGAGCGUAGUUUCGGUUUAGAAUCUGCUUACGCUUUCUCUGCAGCCCAAGCAGCGCCCAGCGUAAGCGGCGGUGAGGUUACGCUUUCGCUGAGGGUGCAGGCGGGAUUUGCCAUCUACUAG